CGGUGUGCAUGGGAGCCAGCUGAUACUACGGCGAAGCGUUGGUGUGGGCCCUGCCGUUACCAGUUAGUUUGAGUUCGAAUUUGAUUCGCAGCGGGUCGAAAGUGGAAGUUUGGCCAGGAGCAUCGUUGAAAAUCGUGUGAAGCACAAGGAUGCCACGUAACGGCUUUGAAAAUGGAGUCCCAUCCAAGGCUCUUGCGAAUGGGGACUAUGAUGAGAUAAAGCCUACCUAUGCAUUGGAGCACUUAGCCACUUUUAAGCUCAAAAAUGAGGCGGAAACGAAGCAGCCAAAGGAGAAGAUGAAACUGCUUAUUGAACUGGACAAGACGGGGGGCAUUUGGCCUCACAAGAUGUUUAUGAGCUUCAACGGCCAGUGGCUAGUGAUGCUAGACAGCGAAAUGAAGGAGAUUGAGAACUUCCCUGGCAGCCUGAUCACGGAACCCACAGCGUUUAUUAGCGAGGAUCCGCAGGAGGCAUACAACAACAUCUUGAUAUUUUCGGUUCCUGGUAUCUCGCUAGGCAAUACGGAGAUGCACAUUUUUCAGGUGGCCGAUGUCAGCUCUGUAAACUUGGUGGAAGAUCUGCGAACGCUGAGCAAGGGUACGCCCGUCACGAUCGACCGUAACAAAACACCCAUUCGCUUGCCCAAGCCUGACCGACCCGCUAACCAGCAACCCAAGGACCAGUACGGAAUUGCGGCGGCCGUGGCCGGGAUUGCUGCCGAGAAGAAUGCGCUGGAUCGCGAGCAAACCGAACGGGACGUUCAGGUGAUUAAUCAUUGCUUUGAGGACAUUGAGCGGUUCAUGGCGAGGCUCCACUACGCGGCCGAGGCUCUAACCGAGCUCAAGUUGCGCAAGGAGCAGCACAAUCCCCACGGAGAAGGUCUUCUCGUACUGCGGUCGCGUCCACCCAUUGAAAGCGAGUUCCACGACAUCCUGGCCAAAGUGAAGCUAGCUCUUAUUUACUCUGUCAAGCUGCAAAACCACUUCACAAAGAGCUCGGAUCCGAUCCACAAUGUUUUCAUUUCUCUUCAAACCAUUGUGAGUGUCUGCAACGACAUCUAUAUAGACGCCAAUUUGCCAGAAGGCGUCGUUAAUCCGCUGCUGCGUCGCGAAACUAUUGCGUUCCUCAGCGGGACGUUGGACUCCAACGAGAAGCAGUUGUGGCACAGUCUGGGACCCAACUGGACGGUGCCGAAAGAUCAGUUUAAGGACCACAAGAGCUCGUACCACCCUAUUUUCUACGACGACUGGUCGCCGGACUGGGUUGUGGACGAGGAGGUGCAGUACCUUGCGCCCGCACUAAAGAAAACAUCAACGCCCUCACCGAUACCCCUGCCUCCGAGUCCGGGUGGUAAUCGCACCUGGCUGAAUCGUUUAGAAAGCCGCAAUGUUAAGAUCGCGGAGGUCGCGUACAACAAGUCGGCUACCAACGACAAGGAGCUGAAAGUAACAAAAGGCGAAUACUUGGAGAUAAUUGAUGACUCCCGCAAUUGGUGGAAGGCUCGCAACUCCUACGGAAGUAUUGGAUACGUGCCUAACACCGUGCUUACGCCGUAUAACUUUGAGCGCGGCGUUAAUUCGAACGGCCUCGACUCAGAGUCAUUGGCCUCUUUGUCGCUGCAGGAGAACGAGUCUAGUGAAGCCAACAAUCCGCAAUACCGCAAUACCAUGGCCUUAUAUGCGGCACCAACAGACCUGGAGCAGCAAGCGGGCAGCGUCAAGGUAAUGCCGCGAUCGUAUUCCAUGCCCAAUGUUCCCAUUCCCCCACCAAUGCCGCCGGCGGGAGAAAGCCAGCCCACCACUCCAAGUGGCACCCUAAAGCGCAAUAUGGCCGCGGCAGGAGCACUGGCAGCGAUGCGUGCUCGCAACGACUGCGAUGCCGCUGAUGAGGCAUACAUGAUGCAGGACGAUGUGAACGAUGAACUGCGCCUCAUGCUGCAGCAGAGGCAGCGUCGUAAGGACCUCGAAAUCCUGAAGACUCCGGAAAUCUUCAUUACCCAGCACUCCAAGCCCAAAGAGGUGGAGGAAUGGCUGCGAGGCAAGGGCUUCUCCGAUAAUAUAAUCAAGCGUCUGCACACCCUCAGCGGCGAGGAGAUCUUCGCUCUCUCACCUCACACCAUCGAAAGCUACUUCGGGCAGCGAGAGAGUCGCCGUCUGAUAUCGCAGAUCGUGUUGCAGAAGAAUUUCUGCGAGUACAAAACCAUUCGCUCGUCAGAGCUAUCGGCCAAGCUGGCUCGUGCUCGUCAAAAGGCUGACCAAUCCAACGGCAAUGGCAACGGCAACCCGAACGAAGUCUUCUAAUAUUGCCAUACAUAGUUGCUUUGAUUGGAAUAGCCUUGGUGCACAGCGAAAGUAACCUGAUCCGGUGCUCAGAAACGCUCUAGACGUGCCAUUUAUUUAUUUAUGCAUAGCAAACUUCCAUCUACUUUUAAAAAUCAAUGUUUAUUAAAAACCAUUAAAAUAUUUUAGAACAAAAAUGCAUUAAAGAUAACUGUGUCCAUCCAAA